AUGCUACUCCGACCAUGUCUUGCCUGGUCACUCCGCGGAUGUGUUAGGCAGGUACGCCACAAUUCCUCCUACCCACUUGAACGUUUUUCGGAUCUCGCCCGCCGGCCGUCAUCCCAGCACCAAAUCUAUCAGUCGCUCUCGACUGAUCCGUACGUUAACCUCUCCAUCGAGCACUUUCUGCUGGAGAACGCGCCUGCCGACUCAAGCGUACUAUUUCUCUAUAUCAACCGCCCGUGCGUGGUGAUCGGUCGCAAUCAAAACCCAUGGCUGGAGACUGAUUUGCGCGUAUUGGAGAAUGAUCGCCGAUUCAAUUCGGGCCGCCACGAUGCCGCUGUCUACGUUCGGCGACGAUCAGGGGGCGGUGCGGUUUUCCAUGAUGAAGGGAACCUCAACUAUAGCGUGAUUUCGCCGCGCACCACAUUCACUCGCGAUAAGCAUGCCGAGAUGGUUGUUCGAGCGCUACACCGCGUUGGCGCAGUCAACACAAGUGUCAAUGAACGACACGACAUUGUGAUGAAAUCGCCUGCCACUGGUCCAGCGAGCGACGAACCGAAGUUUCGAAAAGUGUCUGGGUCGGCCUUCAAGCUGACUCGUCACCGAGCGCUACAUCACGGCACCUGCCUCCUCGAUUCACCCAAUAUCUACGAUCUGGGGCGAUUCCUGCGCUCGCCUGCCCGUGGCUACAUUCAGGCGCGAGGCGUAGACAGCGUCCGCUCGCCUGUUGGAAAUGUUUCGAGUGCGCUAGCAGAUUCAUACUUUUCCAUGCAAACUGUAAUGGAUAACAUCGUCGAAGAGUUUGCCUCUCUGUACCAAGUACAUGCUGAUGUUGUCCGUCGCGCACGUCGUGCGCUUGCUGGCGAACCUGACCUGUAUGCUGGCAACAGCUGGGUUAUGGGUACAGUGAGUGAUGCCCACGGCGAGCAAGAGCCUGACAUUCGAAAGGGAAUUGCGGAGUUGCGGUCGUUGGAAUGGAAGUAUACUCAAACACCUCAAUUCACCUUCUCCACUUAUCCCACGGAGGAUGAUCCGCGUGAACGUCCCCCGCUACCUGCAACACUUCCCUCAUCAACUCGCGUCUUUCUCCGCCUCAAACAUGGCGCCAUCAUCGAGAGCAAUGUCUCUCUGUCAGAAGAUGGUGCAGUUGCGUCUGAUCAGGCAAGCCAUAUGCAGGACAUAUUAAAUGGCCAGAAACUGCAUGAAAUCACUACCGAGCGCUGGACAGAGAUGCUCCGACAGGGCCUCUCAGACUUUAGUGACGUUGACGAUGCCCUUUUGCAGGAACUUGCAGAAUACUUGGGCGAUCUACUAGGGGGCCAGUAG